AUGAGCUCAUCAUCAAACAAAUCCACCUCCAAAUCAGCCGGAGCCGCCCGUCUGCAAAACGACUAUGGUGCAGAUUACUGGGUGCGCAACAAGGAGACUCAUCGUCACGCUACCGCCGGACGAGGACUCUUUGCAGGCCUCCAAGAUGUCAAAUCGUACAAUGUCGAACAAGGCUGGGCGCGUCGCAAAUCGGGAGAUUCUCAGACGGGACUUUUGGGAUCGAUUUGGAAUCGAUUCAUCGGCGCAAACUAUCAUCCUCCUUCAUCUUCUGCUUAA